AUGACGGUGUUACCCGCCCUUCGUUCGCGCGGUUUCGUCGCUUCACGGCCUCCACGAGUUGAUCUAGACGAAACUCCGCCUCUUCUACCUAGGAAAAGCCAGGAGCAUGGCGCCCUCACGCUCUCCAACAAGGAGGUACCGCAUUGGCUGGGAGAAAGCAAUUAUAUCUUGACUGGCUACCGAGUUCCAUGCAAUUCGACCGCUCGUUGCUUCUACAGCUGGUUCUACCUCCACAAUGAGACCGUCAACAUCUACACUCAUCUUAUCCCCGCCAUUGGAUUUGCCGCUGCAGAGGUUUUUGUUUUCCGGCACUUCGAGACUCUCUACCCUGAAGCUCCGGUGGCAGAUAAAGCGGUCUUUUCACUCUUCCUGCUGACUGCCAUCAUGUGUAUGAGCUGCUCGACAUUGUUCCACACAUUCAUGAGCCACUCCGAGAAGGUGGCCAAGGCAUGCCUGCGUGCCGACUAUAUGGGAAUUGCAGGGCUGAUCUUCGGUGACAUCAUCUCCGGUACUUAUGUGGUGUUUUAUAGCGACACAGUAUUGUGGGCUAUUUACUGGACAAGUCUCCUUAACAUGCAUGAUAUUAUUCCACCCGAAAUUCGAAGGUGA